CUAUCAUUCACUUUGUAGGGUUUACGUGUAUUAAUGUUGAUUUAGUUUUCCAAUCCGUUCAUUUAAUUUUAUACAAUAUGUGACUGUUUAGAUAACUUUCAUGUCAAAGUGAAUUUAUUUAUAAAUGUGUUAUUGAUGGAUAAGGCACAUAAAUAGAGAGAAUAUUUAUUAAAGUGAGAUUAACAUUUUGAAUGAUUAAAGAUACUAAAUAAGGAUAUAAUAGUCAAAACACAGUUUCUUAAGGGACGUGUAAAACAAAAGUGCGACAAGUAUAAUGGACCGGAGGGAGUAUUAAGGAUGUGGGACAUUCGGCAAUUUGGUCGUGGGGUGUUGUCCAUUAAAUAAUUGGAUUUGGGCUUGAUGAAAUUCGAUGAGCUUUAAGGCUUGAAUUGAUUCAUGUUACUUUUAUACUCAUUAUUUGCGCUCUGUGAGGAGCCUGCUGAAAUAAUUGCACUGUUUGCCCUUCAAAUGGGCUGGUCAUUAAUUUUUUCUCUUAAAAAUCUAACUUAUGGCUAGCGGUGCAUAAGUUCUUUAAGGGCGGGGGGCAUAACUUGUGGGCUAUUCUGAUGCGCAAAUAUAAACUUAUGCCUCGCAAAAAAUGUUGUUUGCCUCAAGGGACAAAAAUUAAAGACCAACACAAAAUAAGGGUAAAAGUGCAAAUGACCCGAGCCUGCCAAGCUCAUGAAUGAUAAUAGGCAAAUUCUAGGAUUACAUUUGGGGUUGGUAGACAAUUUUAGGUCUCUUUUUGUUGCUUGCAUGCUUUACUCGUUUUUCAAUAGAUGUACCUAUUUCCCGGAGAAAUGCCCCGAAGUACUAAUGUAAAACUGGAGCCCGUUCGUCAGCAAGACCCCGAGAUGUCGGGUGAAGCAUUGCUUAGGGUAGUAUUGGAUAUUAUAGGUUUUUAGUGAAGUACUUUCACACUUUUGGUUGGAGCACAUAUUUUGACACUUUUGUGUUGUGUUUGCGAGUUUAUCCAAUUGAGUUUCUAGUUAAGCCAAUAUGAAUCAACAAAGUGACUUUGCUAGAACCACGGACUCAAGAGAUGCCUAAUACCUUAAUUGGAAUCUCUGUCACAAAUAAGUUAUUUUGGAGUCAAACUCAUUUCGAAAAGAGAUAUGUGUUUUAAAGGGUGACUUGUCACACUAGAAAUCAUUGCCAAGUGACUGCUUCUUUAUUUUGAUAAAUCCCUUCUCUGAAACAAUAUUUUUGUCACUUUCAUUAUUGAAAACAUUUUGAUCUUUCAAAAUACGAAAUUUUCGCUAAGAAAAGGGUGUGCCAUCACUGUCAUUUUUUCCUUUAUCAAGAUUCUGUGCCGUAUAAAUGCAAAACUGCAUAAUCAUAUGGUACUACAAUCUUAUAAAAUGUUAUGAGAUUGUACUACCAGCCAUAUUUUUAUUUAAUCUUUUUUGUCUUUUAAUUUCAGGUUUGGUUAAAUGACACCACUCAAUCCAAAGCCAUCUACUUUGUAUUUAUAAUGUUUAUUAAACCUCAUAAAUGCCAAAAUCCAAGUUCCCAUUCUGUUCUUCACUAGAGAAACAAAUUUGAACCAACUUUGUCUUCUUAGUUUCAAGUAUUUCACAUAUACAAGAAAGCAACCAUGAUUGACUUAUCAGAUCUUAAUUUCAUUCGUAGUAGAUCCAUUUGGGUAAACGGUCCUGUGAUUGUAGGGGCCGGUCCAUCAGGGCUAGCUGUGGGUGCUUGCUUGAAAGAGCAAGGAGUUCCUUUCAUCAUUCUUGAAAAAGAUGAUUGUAUUGCAUCUUUGUGGCAUAAACUCACUUACGAUAGCCUAAAGCUUCAUUCCCCUAAGAAGUUCUGUCAGCUUCCUAGACAUCCACUCCCAGAACACUACCCUAAAUACCCAACCAAGAGACAGUUCACUGAGUAUCUUGAAUCCUACGCCAGGCACUUUGAUAUCAACCCACAGUUCAAUGAGUGCGUGCAGUCAGCUAAAUAUGAUGAAGUUUCUGGGUUGUGGAGGGUCAUUGUUGUUACUCUCAAUGGCUCUAAAGUUCAAUACAUAUGCCGAUGGCUGGUGGUGGCUACAGGGAAGAAUGCAGAGCGUGUCGUGCCAUAUAUUGAAGGAUUGCGAGAUUUUGGAGGUGAAGUGCUCCAUACCUGUGAUUACAAGUCCGGUGAGAAGUUCCAUGGAAAGAAAGUCCUUGUUGUGGGAUGUGGGAAUUCAGGCAUGGAAGUCUCUCUUGAUCUUUGCAAAUAUGACGCUCAACCAUCAAUAGUCUGCCGUAGCUCGGUUCAUGUUUUGCCAAGAGAUAUUUUUGGGAUGUCAACAUCUGAGCUGGCCAUAUUUAUGAUGAAAUGGUUGCCACUUUGGCUAGUUGACAGAAUUUUACUCUUUUUCACAUGGUAUAUUCUUGGAAACAUAGAGAAAUAUGGUUUGGAGAGGCCAUUAGUUGGGCCUUUGCAACUGCAGAAAACACAAGGAAAACUCCCAGUUCUCGACACUGGUGCCAUUGAAAAAAUUAGAACAGGAAAAGUUAAGGUUAUCCCUGGAAUCAAGAAGUUCUCAUCUGGCAUGGCUGAACUUGUCACUGGUGAAAAACUCGAAAUCGAUUCCAUUGUUCUGGCUACCGGUUACCGCAGCAAUGUUCCUUACUGGCUACAGGAAAGUGAGUUCUUCUCCAAGAAUGGCUUCCCUAAGGCAGAAUUUCCAGACAGCUGGAAAUUAGGAAAAUCUGGGCUGUAUGCAGUUGGGUUUACAAGGGGAGGACUACCCGGUGCUUCUGCUGAUGCUAUUAGAAUUGCACAAGAUAUUGGAAAAGUCUUCAAAGAAGAGACGAAAAAGAUGAAGACAAAGACAGCUGCAACUCACAGACGAUGCAUCUCACAAUUUUGAUUCAACUAAAGCAUAUAAAUGACAAGAAACCCACAAACCUCUGGGGAUGACGAGGCGCUUUACUUCUUUAUUCCCUUUGUAUUUUUAUGUAUUGACUUCUCAUACUGAUUUGUACAUUUCUACUGAUGAUUUAUCAAAAUGACAAAGAUAUUUGCGUAUUGUUAUCA